GUUACGGUUGCUAAGUGACCACGGCCUUUCCCGGCACAGAGCCUAGAUGGCUCGUUUCCUCUCAUUGGCUACGUGCGCGGAAGGAGGCGGGGUCAGUGGACCGUCUUGGAAACAUGGAGGGCGGAAGCGGCAGGAAGAGGCAGCGCGAAGCAGAGUCGGAAGCUUCGGGCCUAGAAGACGAGGAGGGCGAGGAGGAAGUGGACGACGACGAUGGCGAAGACGACUACUACCAGCCCUACGUGCCCGUCAAGCUCCGCAAGCAGCAGAGGCAGCAACAGUUGCUGCAGAUGCGUCGUAAGGGAGCAUUGGAGGAGGAACAAAGGGACAGCGGAAGUGAUUAUCAUGGUGAUGAAGAUGAUAUUCCCUUGGGACCACAGUCCAAUGUCAGCCUCCUGGAUCAGCAUCAACACCUCAAAGAGAAAGCAGAAGCACGUAAAGAGUCAGCAAAGGAGAAGCAGCUUAAGGAAGAGGAGAAGAUCCUGGAAAGUGUGGCAGAAGGGCGAGCUCUAAUGUCUGUGAAGGAAAUGGCAAAAGGCAUCACAUAUGAUGAUCCCAUUAAAACCAGCUGGAGAGCUCCUCGAUAUGUUCUGGCUAUGUCAGAGGCACGGCAUGACCGUGUACGUAAAAAAUACCACAUCCUUGUGGAAGGGGAAGCCAUCCCUCCCCCUCUCAAAAGCUUCAAAGAGAUGAAGUUCCCAGCAGCCAUCCUGCGGGGCCUGAAGAAAAAAGGGAUCCAGCAACCAACCCCCAUCCAGAUACAGGGAAUUCCCACCAUCCUUUCUGGCAGAGACAUGAUUGGCAUUGCUUUCACUGGCUCUGGGAAGACCCUGGUGUUUACUCUCCCUGUGAUCAUGUUUUGCCUGGAGCAGGAGAAGAGGCUCCCUUUUUCCAAGAGGGAAGGGCCAUAUGGACUUAUCAUCUGUCCCUCGAGGGAAUUGGCUCGCCAGACCCAUGGCAUUCUCGAGUACUACUGCCGGCUGUUGCAUGAGGAUGGGAUGCCUUCCCUGCGGUGUGCCCUCUGCAUUGGAGGCAUGUCUGUUAAGGAGCAGAUGGAGACCAUCAAACAUGGGGUGCACAUGAUGGUGGCUACCCCAGGCCGGCUGAUGGAUCUCCUGCAGAAAAAGAUGGUUAGCCUGGAUGUCUGCCGCUACCUGGCACUGGAUGAAGCUGACAGGAUGAUCGAUAUGGGCUUUGAGGGAGACAUUCGCACCAUCUUUUCCUACUUCAAGGGCCAGAGGCAAACACUUCUUUUCAGUGCUACUAUGCCCAAGAAGAUUCAGAAUUUUGCCAAGAGUGCUCUCGUGAAGCCUAUCACUAUCAAUGUGGGUCGUGCAGGAGCUGCCAGCUUGGAUGUCAUACAGGAGGUAGAGUAUGUGAAGGAGGAAGCCAAGAUGGUAUAUCUGCUUGAGUGCCUGCAGAAGACCCCUCCACCGGUUCUUAUUUUUGCUGAGAAGAAAGCAGAUGUAGACGCAAUCCAUGAAUACCUAUUGCUUAAGGGUGUGGAGGCUGUGGCCAUACAUGGUGGGAAAGACCAAGAGGAACGGACUAAAGCAAUUGAGGCAUUCCGAGAUGGCAAAAAGGAUGUUCUUGUUGCCACCGAUGUUGCAUCCAAAGGCUUGGACUUCCCAGCCAUACAACAUGUCAUCAACUAUGACAUGCCUGAGGAGAUAGAAAACUAUGUUCAUCGAAUUGGGCGUACUGGUCGUUCAGGGAAUACUGGGAUUGCCACCACCUUCAUCAACAAAGCCUGUGAUGAGUCAGUGCUUAUGGACUUGAAGGCACUGCUGCUGGAGGCCAAGCAAAAAGUGCCCCCAGUGUUGCAGGUGCUGCAUUGUGGAGAUGAAUCCAUGUUGGAUAUUGGCGAUGAGAGGGGCUGUGCGUUCUGUGGUGGCCUGGGUCAUCGUAUCACUGACUGCCCCAAGCUGGAAGCCAUGCAGACAAAGCAAGUCAGCAACAUUGGACGGAAGGAUUAUCUAGCCCAUAGCUCUAUGGACUUCUAGAUACACUCUGGUUUUUGGCAGGACACAACCAAGCAAAUGAACAGAUCUUGGUGCUCUGCGGGCUAAUAUUUCUCAACUGCCAUUUGUAGGUCUGGUUUACUGCACGGCAGAAUAUUGUCACCUAGAGUAGGAAAGAAGAGAUACCAGUGCAGUUGCUCCUUUUAAGGGCUUUUUACUUUCUAAUUUUUGUAGUACUUAUGGAUCCUGUCCUAGGCCAGAUGCAAGCCACAAAGAUGGCCCCCUCUUUCAAGCUCCUGUGUAUUGAGGAUGUACAUAAUAGGAAGUAUUGUGCUGGUUUCUGAUAGUCGCUUAACCAUGGUACCACAGAUUGGGUGUAUAUACGUUCUGAAUGGCUCGUUUCAAACCCAAGUUUCCUUUUAAGAUCUUGAACUAUUCACUUCUAAAUGUGGCAGUCUAGUGCUGCAGUCAUCUAUUGCAUCAGUAACUGUUGUCAUUCAGGAUUGAGCAAGCUCCAUACGACCCAGCGGGUGGCUGUGAAAGGAAGGAAGGAACUGAACAAUAUCAUCGCAAGGAAAAGAUCCUCCUUUGGACUUCAGCUCCCAGAACUCCUCUGCCUCUGCCUACUGACUGGAGACUUCUGGGAGUUCCAGUUUAAAAUAAUAGUAUUUCCAAGCUUCCAGCCACUGGGAGUUCUACUACUGCUUUCUUCAGUUUUAGUAGCAAACUUUUGAGGUUUUAGAUAUCCUUAGUUUGAUGUGUUCCUCUUCCUCAUCUGUUUCUAUCUUUAUUGCGUGACUCUCUUAGACUCUGCUCAGAGGUGGCCUCUGCAGCUGCGGGGAGACAGUCUGCCGACCCACCAAUGUUGGCUGAAUCAAAAGUCCCCUGGGACAUGCCUGUGUGUCUCCUGGGACUGUUCUCUUUAGUAUACCUCCCAGUAUGCAUGCAGGCCCAAAAGAGGAAGUUGGCAGGCAGAGGAAGUCACCAGUGCUAUCGUACAUACUGACUCAUUCCUGUGGCAGCCACAAGAGCUCACAGCCUCAGUGAUCUCUUCCUCCUUCCUUACUGGGCUGUCUGUUUGGAGCAUAUCCCAUGGAGUGCCCAGUGAAAGAUGGGAUCCUCUAUAUCCAUCAUCCAAAAUUUGGGAAGGUAAAAAUGGAUAUCUGCUUUGGGGAAAGGAGGGAUUAUCCCAGGGAGUCUUCAUUGGAUUCAUUGUUAAGUCCCACAAGAUUCAGGAUAACAAUGUCCUAGCACUUUCCAAGUCAUCUCUAGAGGCUCGGGUUAGGUUUUUGUGAUGCAAGAUGGAAUCUGCAACUGCUGGGCUUUUUAAAAACGUACCUGUUUCCAGCCUUUCUUUUGUGUCACAUUAGUGAAUUGUGGGUUUACAGUGAAGUGUUGCAUUACUUUUGAAUGUAAAUUAUUCCAGUAAUAAAAUUAAAAUGACAUGUAUUGUGAA